CUGGCGGUUGGAGUGCCGUUUGCUAUUGCCUAUUGCCUACUUUCUCCGCUCCUGUCCUUGAAGGUGCUUUGUGCGCAUAAAUAUCGCUUUACGAUGACGAGGUGGUAUCGGAGCGCGUUGGUGUGCCGCGCCAAAACGCAAUAAAGGUGCCCAGCAUCCACAUAUCGGUUCGCCAGCACGGGCGCCAGCGUGAAAACAACUCUGCUCGUGUGCUCGUCACGACCGCAUCACGACCUGACCUACUUUACGGCAAAACUAGAGUUCAGUUCGGCAAAAACAAAACAAAAUGCCAAAUAGACGGAGCGAUCGGGCAACGCACCGCACCCCCCACCCACUACACCGUCGCUUCGGUGACGGCUUGCACCACGAAAGAGUGCCGGGGUAUUUUUAAAUGAAGUACAUAUAGAGCUUACAGCUCACAUGCGGGGAUAGUUUCCUUGUUUGGUCAGUAUGUCUUUUGUUUGUUUUAUGCUUUUGUUUUGGUGUUUUUGUUUUCUUAUUUUGAACGAGGUGGUAUCGGAGCGUGGUGGUGUGCCGCGCCAAAACGCAAUAAAGGUGCCCAGCAUCCACAUAUCGGUUCGCCAGCACGGGCGCCAGCGUGAAAACAACUCUGCUCGUGUGCUCGUCACGACCGCAUCACGACCUGACCUACUUUACGGCAAAACUAGAGUAGCCCGUGCGUCUUCCAUUGCUGCGGCCUAACCGAACUAUGUGCCCACACCACCGUCUGCCGUGAAAGAACAGCACGGGAGCGAAGACCGACGCAUGGUGGUUGACCAUUUGACCAACGUUAUCUUUACAUAGGCUAACGUGUUGGUUUUUUUCUUUUAAAAAUCAUAACCAGCAGAAAGCAAUGAACAUUUUAAAGGAUAAAAUCUCAAGGGCGUGCACUGCCACUGCCAGCUGGACGGGCAGACAGAUGGCAAAAUGUGGCUCCAGCACAACGCUAGGUACGUUGACGUUUUGCGUCGCCUGUUGUGGCACACUCUGGUACGAACAGGGACUGCUGGUGACGCUGGGAGCCUUCCUCUCGAUUGGUGCGCUCUGGUGCCGCCACUGUGCCUCGGUGCAAUUGCUGAAAUCACCACGGCUCGACGAACAGUUAGCCAGAAUGCGCGGGUGGCUGGGUGGGCUGCGAAACAAUCGACCGUACGGUUAUGCGGCGGUGCUCGGGGCCGCCGCCCUGCCACCGGUCGUUCUGUUUUGCGUUCUCUCCUGGUGGAUGCUGCUGGCCACCCUGGUGACUGUGUACGCUAUUCUGAAAUGGGCGUAUGGUGUAAGGAUCGUGUUUAAUCAUGGAAUCGGUAUCACCGGCCAGGAGCAGCAGUUUGAGCUAGAGGUGCAGGAGUUCCUGCCGGAAAUCAAUGAGCUCAGCCAAACGCUGCUGCGGGCAGUAGGCGACCGUGGUGACAUUCCACCGCACAUCGAACGCUUCAGUGAGCAGCACGCAACAGCAGCCACCGAUCGAGAUGCGGCGGCAAACAAGGCCGACGAGAUCGAUGAGGACGAGGAGGAUGAGCGGUACAUUAGCAUGCUGCUACCGGACGCCGAGAGCAGCCGGGAGCUGGAAACGGCGGAACAGACUGACUCCAGUAGCGACGAAUUGCUACUGGAUGAGGCGGAAGGGGUAGGGAAACACCAGUCGCGGAUUCCGUUCGGUGACACGUCGCUCAUGGAGUUCAAGAUCAGCCAUUUCAACGCGAACAGCUCUUCCUCGGACUCGGACGAGAGCCGGGGGAUCACACUGGGUGACAGCCCUCCGGCGUCGGUUGGCCGGUUUCGUGGCACCCGGGCGAUCCCUCUUGACCAGUAUUCCGACCAAUCCGGCAGCAAAGCCUUUCUGGUCGGUGCCAUGGUUCAGUGUUUGAUGGAUGCCGCCGCAGUGCGGCAACAGCAGGCACCGGCAACCACAGCAGCAGCAGCAGCAGUAUCCGCCAAUGCUGCCGCCAGUAAUAGCGGUGGCCAUGGUUCAUCAUCCGCUUCCUUCCGUCUGCCAUUCAACAGCUCUAACAUUUGCGAUGUGCUGGGCGGGGCGGCCCGUUCGAUAGGAUUGGGGCCGGUUACCGUGGCGCCACCACAGCAGCUGACGGAUGACUUAACGACGGAUGACGAUAAGGAUAGUGAUUUUGAGAUUUUAAAUUCCGAGGAGCUAAGCAACUUAUGAGCGCAUUUGAUUUAGACACUCGCCCCCACCCACUCACUCUUUCUUUCUUUCUCACUGUUAACGCUUUUCAAAACUGCAUCGCGACUCCAAAUUUGUAUGGCAAUCGAACGUAACAUUCGAUUAACUUGUUUUUAAGAAUGGCGGCAUGCCAUUAUUGCGUUUGGUUGCGAGUUUGAAUUUAGGAUACUCUCUCUAUCUUUAGUUUUUGCGGCGUAAAUUGAAGGUACGCAGUCAGCAGGUUCCGCAUCCAAAGUGAAGGACGCUUUACGUAGUAGGCCCCCCAAAGAAAUCCUUCAUUACGUUGAAUUACAGUGUGAAUAAAAUUGUGAUAUAAUUUCAUUAAGAUGAAAUGUAAAACCGUUCUGAUAAGCUGUAUGAACCACAGUGAAUAAUAAACACCUAACUCC